GUCACAAAUUCGACGGAAAUAGAAUACGAAGUUCAUAUCAGAAUGUCAGAUCUAAGGAAUAAUCCGGCUUACAUCAAGUACUACACAUUCUGGACCAGGGUUUUACUGACGGGUGCUUUACCAAUCUGCACUCUAAUAUACCUCAACAUCAGAAUUUACAGGGGAAUCUUACAAUCCAGAGAACGACUGGUUAACAGGAAUCCUCCCAGGGAAACAGAGCUUACUCAUAAUAGGAAAGCACGUGUACGGUAUGAGCUAAACCUAGCUCUGGUUCUGAUCUUGCUAGUCUGUAUAAUGGUGAUCUGUAACCUUCCCCGACUACUCCUAAACUUCUUGGAAUACUUCCAGUUAGACAAUAUACUCAGGUACGUCUGAACUUCUUGGAAUACUUCCAGCUUAACAAUAUACUCAGGUAUUUUUCAACUUCUUGGAAUACUUCAAGCUUAACAAUAUACUUAGGUAUUUUUCAACUUCUUGGAAUACUUCCAGCUUAACAAUAUACUCAGGUACUUUUCAACUUCUUGGAAUAUUUCCAGAUUAACAAUAUACUCAGGUAUUUUUCAACUUCUUGGAAUACUUCCAGCUUAACAAUAUACUCAGGUACUUUUCAACCUCUUGGAAUACUUCCAGCUUAACAAUAUACUCAGGUACUUUUCAACUUCUUGGAAUACUUCCAGCUUAACAAUAUACUCAGGUACUUUUUAACUUCUUGGAAUACUUCCAGCUUAACAAUAUACUCAGGUACUUUUCAACUUCUUGGAAUACUUCCAGCUUAUCAAUAUACUCAGGUACUUUUCAACUUCUUGGAAUACUUCCAGCUUAUCAAUAUACUCAGGUACUUUUCAACUUCUUGGAAUAUUUCCAGAUUAACAAUAUACUCAGGUAUUUUUCAA